AUGGAAAAUACGCAGAGCGCGAUCCGAUCCCGAAAAUCUCAUCAUAAGUCUCGCUUAGGGUGUGGAAAUUGUAAAAGACGGCGAAUAAAAUGUGACGAGAAGAAGCCAGCAUGCUCCAAAUGCAUUCAUCAUGCUAUCGAGUGUGACUUCCUCUCGACAGCAGCUGUAUCAUCAGCUUCGUCCUCUUCAGAACCAUCCCCAUCCAGACCUUUGAAGGCACAAUUUCGAUUCAAGCCUUCUAAAUACGGAUCUGGGGAAUGCAACCCCAAGGAUGAAAUAGGCCAGCCAUCUUCGCAGACAGUCUCCUCAGAAAUCCAAUGCAAAAACUGCAGCUCGAGCCCCCUACCGCAGAGUCAAGAUACCCUCUCAAUCGCCGACCUACGACUCUUCCACCACUUUGUCACAGAGACAUACCGCACCCUAACGGACGAAGCAACCGACCGCAAUCGAGUCUGGCAAACUCACCUUCCACAAUGGGGAUUUUCCUCGCCGUCCAUCUUCCACCUCAUAUUGGCGCUGGCAGCCUUACAUCUGGGUCAUCUCCACCCCGAGCUACGAGACCAGUAUGUGAUACAGGCAGAUGACCACUUCACAUUUGGCAUUCGAUCUGUGUCCGUUAUUCUGUCAAGUCUUGAUUCAGGGAACUGUCAGUCAAUAUACAUGUCGACAGUGCUAAUAUGUUUCGUCUAUUUUGCACAUGGUCCAAAACCUGGUGAAUACCUCGUGUUCAGUGAGAAGGGGAAGGCCGAAUGGCUGGUUCUUAUGAGAGGAGUGAGAUCGAUCUUGAUGUCUAACCGCGACAAAAUCUUUACCGGGGUCUUGCAGAUUCAAACCGAUCCUGUUAUUCAGGGCGUCAGCCCCUUGUUACAAGAUGAGCUCGGAGAACAUCAGUCUCAUAUUAAAGAACUUCAACGUUUUAUCGAAACGAAAACUGGCGGGAGUUCUACGUGUCAAAUCUACAUCGGUGCACUUGAAGACUUGCUCGGAAUGUUCGAGGAAGCAUACCAGAGUCGAAGCGCUGGGAAGGAUGGUGUUAGCCUGAUGCCCUUUGUAGUUGGGUGGAUAUAUAGGCGGCCUGAGCAGUUCAUAAGUCUUCUUGAGGAGAAGGAGCCCCUUUCAUUGAUUGUUCUUGCUUAUUGGUGUAUUCUUUUGAAAUUCAUGAGAUCCUCGUGGCUUAUGAUUGCUUGGGAUCGACAUGUCAUUGCAGGAAUUCGGGAGUCUCUAGGAAUUGACUUCCGCCAAUGGAUUGAGUGGCCCAUGAGUGUUAUUUGCGAUUGA